AUGCCUGAGGACGGCUGUGACAGAGGCGGCAGGCGCCGCACUCGCUGCGGUCUGCACGUCCUGCGGAAAGACUUCCGCCACGCGUGUCGCUAUACAGAGCCCGCGGCAGUGUUGAGGGAGCUGAAGUAUUUGUCUUUCCAGGAGAUGACAGUCGGUGUGGAGGCAUGUGGGGAGUCGCUGGCCGCUGUUGGAUGUCUACUGGAGCCGCGGCCCCAGCAGCAGAGACUCUCUCUGGCUGUCACUGCACUGAGAGAUGAUUACGAGCUGUUCGAAACGUGCGACAACCUCAGCCAGUCGUUCCCCACAUUGCCAGCUGUUGGAUGCCUGGUACCGACCACCUGGGACUUCAGACCUUUCCAGUACGCAGACGAGUUGAAGUGCGGCUUCGUCACAGAGGAGAUUCGUGGCCUGACGGUGGACGCUGCCGUGCAACUCCCGAGGGAGCUCAGCUGCCGCAUCGCUGCCAACUGCAUUGACUCCUACUCUGUACAGGGGAGGCUCCCCGCAGAGCAGAGAGGCAGGAGGCUGAUCCUGGUGACUGAGCAGGCAGCAGUGGGGGAGAUGAGGGCGCUGCUCGCCGUGGGGGCCGACGUGAGGGCGAGGGGUGGGGCGAGGGGGUGGACCGCCCUGCACGUCGCAGCAUCCAGGGGAGACGUCGAGGCGACACGGCUGCUGGUGGAUGCGGGGGCGGCUGUGGACGCCAGGAGCACCUGGCAGCAGUGGACGCCUCUGCGCGUGGCUGCGGAGAGGGACAGAGCCGCUGUGGCGCGGCUGCUGUUGCGGGGUAACGCUGACCACAAGGCCAGGGAUGGCAGUGGGUGGACGCCGCUGCACUUGGCUGCACGCUGUGGCAACGCAGAAGUGGCGGCUGCCCUGCUUGAGGCGGGGGCCGAAAGGGAUGCCACAACUGGUGACAGUGGGGCCACAGCAGUGGACCUCGCCAGGGAGAACAAGGACAGUCGGCUGAUGGAGAUGCUGUCUUGA